AUGUCAAAAAGAACAAUUGAUUUGUUAUGUAGACAAAAAGAAAAGAUGUCAAUUAAAGGGAAAGAGUUUUGUUUAGUUAAUCAAGAAGAACGAGAAAGACAGACUAAUCUUUUUAAACAUAAAUUAGAAGAAUUUUUACAAAAAAAUAAAUAUGAAAUUACAAAUGAUGUUGAUAUUCAAAAUAUGUUAUAUAUAUUAUGUAGAAAAAUGGGGGUUGAACCAUUAACAACUGAAAAAAGUUAUGUUAAUAUUUUUUUUGGAAGUAAUGUUUUUUAUAAUGAACUUACUGUCCAAAUUAUAGAAGAGUGUUAUAAAUCAAGAGAAUCAAAUGGUGGAAUUAUUGAAAUAAAUAAAUUAUGUGAAUUAAUUAAUAAAAAAAGAAAAUCAAUAAUUAGGCAAAAUGAUAUCUUUAAGGCAGUUAAUCAAGCAAAAUGUCUAGGAGAAGGAUUAAAAGUUGUUACUAUUUAUCAACAAAGUUAUGUUAUUAGUGUUCCAUUUGAAUUAGCUGAUGACCAACAAGUUGUUUUAACUUUAUUAGAUAAAAAGCCAUAUUUUUUAGAAGAUGAAUUGCUUAUUAUUGGAUGGUCAAAAGAACGAGUCAAAGGAACAUUAGUUUGGUUAUUAAACUUAGGAAUGUUGUGGGUUGAUGAUCAAUUCUCAUUAGAUGGUAAAACAACAAGAGCAUAUUGGACAUCACUAGAUAACUUAUUUUAA